AUGGUUGGUUGCGAAGGUGACAACUCCGGCACCUGGGUGGUGCUAACAACCCGACUAGAUUUACCGUCGUAUGUACUGCACUUCCCUCGGACAUAUCUCACAGCUUCAGUUGCGUCUUUUACUGACAAACAAGCAUCAUAUCUUCUGGCAGUUAUACGAUACAAGUCCGUGAUAGCUGGAGUCGGCAAGCUGUCUUUCAUAUUUUCUUUUUUUCUUUCCUUCUUUCUUUCUUUCUUUCUUUCUUUCGUCGAGUUCUCCUCCUCCUCCUUGGCUGUAAUUCUUUCUUUUUCCUUCUUCAAGUUCUCCUCCUCCUUGACUGUCUUUCUUUCUUUCUUCUUUAAGUUCUCAUUCUCUUUGACUAGCUUUCUUUCUUUCUUUCUUUCUUUCUUUCUUUCUUUCUUUCUUUCUUUCUUCGAUUCUCAUUCUCUUUUUGACUUUCUUUCUUUCUUUCUUUCUUUCUUUCUUUCUUUCUUCGAGGUUCUCCUCCUCCUCCUUGGCUGUAAUUCUUUUUUUUUCUUCUUCAAGUUCUCCUCCUCCUUGACUGUCUUUUUUCUUUCUUUCUUCUUUAAGUUCUCAUUCUCUUUGACUAGCUUUCUUUCUUUCUUUCUUUCUUUCUUUCUUUCUUUCUUUGAGUUCUCCUCCUCCUCCUUGGCUCUUUCUUUCUUUCUUUCUUUCUUUCUUUCUUUCUUUCUUUCUUUCUUCGAGUUCUCCUCCUUGGCUGUAAUUCUUUCUUUUUUCUUCUUCAAGUUCUCCUCCUCCUUGACUGUCUUUCUUUCUUUCUUCUUUAAGUUCUCAUUCUCUUUGACUGUCUUUCUUUCUUUCUUUCUUUCUUUCUUCGAAUUCUCCUCCUCCUCCUUGGCUGUAAUUCUUUUUUUUCUUCUUCAAGUUCUCCUCCUCCUUGACUCUUUCUUUCUUUCUUUCUUUCUUUCUUUCUUUCUUUCUUUCUUCGAGUUCUCCUCCUCCUCCUUGGCUGUAAUUCUUUCUUUUUUCUUCUUCAAGUUCUCCUCCUCCUUGACUGUCUUUCUUUCUUUCUUCUUUAAGUUCUCAUUCUCUUUGACUAGCUUUCUUUCUUUCUUUCUUUCUUCGAGUUCUCCUCCUCCUUUCUUUCUUUCUUUUUUCCUUUUCAAGUUUCCUCCUUUGACUUUCUCUUUUUCUUUCUUUCUUUCUUUCUUUCUUUCUUGA